AUGAGCUUAACAGUAGCGCCCAGGCGGCUCCAGGCGAUAGUGGGGCACAAAACGACCAGAGAAGUCGCAGCAGCAGGGCGGUUGCUGCUGCUGCGGACAAAUAUGCUGCUGCUGCUGCUGGUGGUAGAUCUGUCGCUGGUGGCGCUGCUGGUAGACAUGUUGCUGCUGGAGCCGCUGACAGACCGGCCGCUGCUCGAGCUUCUCAGAGAUCUGCUGCUGAGAGAUCUGCUGCUGGCGCUGCUGACAGAUGUGUUGCUGCUGUGGCUUUUGAAAGGGUUUUAA